CUCUCUCUCCUCGUGCCUUUUACAGCACUAUAGCUCCGCUUGCGUUUAUCGUUUUCCCCCGAGUAACGUCUCCUCGACUUUUUCUCCGCGAGAUCUCGCAUUUUGCUCUCUACAUGUUUCCUUCUCUCGAUUGAUCCCUAUCUUAGUCGCGUCCAUGAUUCACGAAACCGAAGAUAUUUAGUCUCUCUGUUUGUGAUUUUUCUUUGAUAUAAUUGAACGAAGAGAGUGAAACGUCGUCGUUCUGUAGAAUCGUUGAACGAUCUAGAGUGAGAAUGGGGAUAGAUGCAGGAGGAGGAGGAGGUGAUAAGAAGAUAACGAUCGGAGUCUGCGUCAUGGAAAAGAAGGUUUUCUCAGCUCCAAUGGAACAAAUCAUGGAUAGAAUACAGGCGUUUGGCGAAUUUGAGAUCAUACAUUUUGGGGACAAGGUUAUACUUGAAGAUCCUGUAGAAAGUUGGCCGAUUUGUGAUUGUCUGAUUGCUUUCCAUUCCUCUGGAUAUCCUCUUGAGAAAGUUCAAGCAUAUUCUUCUUUAAGAAAGCCCUUUUUAGUGAAUGAUUUGGAUCCGCAAUACCUUCUUCAUGACCGACGGAAAGUGUAUGAGCAUCUUGAGAUGUAUGGUAUCCCAGUUCCCAGAUAUGCUUGUGUCAACAGAAAAGUACCCAACCAAGACCUUGAUUAUUUCGUCGAGGAUGAAGACUUUGUUGAGGUUAAAGGUGAACGGUUCUGGAAGCCAUUUGUGGAAAAGCCCGUCAAUGGAGAUGACCAUAGCAUAAUGAUAUACUACCCUAGCUCAGCAGGUGGAGGCAUGAAAGAACUGUUUCGUAAGGUUGGGAAUCGUUCAAGUGAAUUUCAUCCUGAGGUCAGAAGAGUAAGGAGAGAGGGUUCUUAUAUAUAUGAGGAGUUUAUGCCUACUGGAGGAACUGAUGUCAAGGUCUACACUGUGGGUCCCGAAUAUGCACACGCUGAAGCAAGAAAAUCCCCUGUUGUCGAUGGUGUCGUAAUGAGAAACCCUGAUGGGAAGGAAGUGAGGUAUCCAGUUCUGCUUACACCCGCUGAGAAGCAAAUGGCAAGAGAAGUUUGCAUUGCAUUUAGGCAAGCGGUCUGUGGAUUUGAUCUCUUACGAUCUGAGGGAAGUUCAUACGUUUGUGACGUUAAUGGAUGGAGUUUUGUGAAGAACUCUUACAAGUACUAUGACGAUGCUGCUUGUGUGCUGCGGAAAAUGUUUUUGGAUGCAAAGGCUCCUCAUCUUUCUUCGACAGUUCCUCCCAUUCUGCCAUGGAAGAUCAAUGAACCUAUCUUAGCUAACGAAGGUCUAACUCGCCAAGGAAGUGGCAUCAUUGGAACAUUUGGGCAGUCGGAGGAGCUACGUUGUGUCAUUGCUGUUGUUCGGCACGGUGAUAGAACCCCUAAGCAAAAAGUGAAACUAAAAGUUACAGAGGAAAAACUGUUAAACCUGAUGCUGAAGUACAAUGGAGGAAAGCCAAGAGCUGAGACAAAACUUAAAAGUGCCGUCGAAUUGCAAGAUCUAUUGGAUGCUACAAGAAUGUUAAUUCCUCGUACAAGACCAGGUGAAAGUGAUAGUGACGACCUUGAACAUGCUGACAAGCUUCGGCAAGUGAAAGCUGUUCUUGAAGAGGGUGGACAUUUCUCAGGCAUAUACAGAAAGGUUCAGCUAAAGCCGCUGAAAUGGGAAAAAGUAACAAAGAGUGAUGGCGAAGGUGAAGAAGAACGCCCAGUGGAGGCUCUUAUGGUUCUGAAAUAUGGGGGUGUUCUAACUCAUGCUGGUCGAAAGCAGGCAGAAGAACUUGGUAGAUACUUUCGAAACAAUAUGUAUCCAGGUGAAGGUACCGGUUUGCUCCGUCUCCACAGUACAUACCGUCAUGACCUUAAAAUUUACAGUUCUGACGAGGGACGUGUUCAGAUGUCUGCAGCCGCUUUUGCUAAAGGCCUGCUGGACCUAGAAGGACAGCUGACCCCAAUCCUGGUUUCUCUGGUUAGCAAGGACUCUUCCAUGUUGGAUGGCCUUGAUACUGCGAGCACUGAAAUGGAAGAAGCCAAGGCUCAACUGAAUGAGAUCAUUACCGCUGGCACAAAGUUGGUACAGGAUUACGUCUCUUCUGAAUUACCUUGGAUGAUCGAUGGGGCUGGACUUCCUCCUCACGCUGAUGAGCACCUACCUGAAUUGAUCAAACUAGUUAAAAAGGUGACUGAACAAGUGAGGCUACUUGCAAAAGAAGAAGACGAGAAUCUCACUGAGCCUAGCGCCUAUGAUUUAGCCCCUCCCUAUGAUCAAGCAAAGGCCCUUGGCAAGUCAAACAUUGACGUUGGACGGAUUGCUGCUGGAUUACCUUGUGGUAGUGAAGGAUUCCUUUUGAUGUAUGCUCGGUGGAAAAAACUCGAAAGGGAUCUCUACAACGAAAGAAGAGAUCGGUUUGACUUAACGCAGAUUCCCGAUGUUUACGAUUCAUGCAAGUACGACCUGUUACAUAAUUCUCAUCUCGACCUGAAAGGACUAGACGAACUCUUCAAAAUUGCUCAGUUACUUGCAGACGGUGUAAUACCAAAUGAGUACGGGAUAAAUCCACAACAGAAGCUCCAAAUCGGUUCAAAGAUUGCUCGUCGGUUGCUUGGUAAAAUCUUGAUCGACUUGAGGAAUACUCGAGAAGAGGCAAUGAGUGUUGCUGAACUGAAGAACAGCCAAGAUCAAGUCUCGGUAUCAUUAUAUUCGUCGAGAAAGGAGGAUAGAUAUAGUCAACCGAAACUUUACAUUAAAAGCGAUGAGUUGAAACGGCCUACCAAUGGAGAGAAUAAAGAUGAAGAUGAUGAUAAAGAAACCAAAUACCGACUAGAUCCAAAGUAUGCAAAUGUCAUGACGCCUGAACGUCACGUGAGGACACGCCUUUACUUCACAUCUGAAUCACAUAUUCAUUCUCUGAUGAACGUUCUACGGUAUUGUAACCUGGAUGAAUCUCUUCAAGGAGAAGAAAGUCUCGUCUGCCAAAGCGCAUUGGAACGCCUUUGUAAGACGAAAGAACUUGAUUACAUGAGCUACAUUGUCCUAAGACUGUUCGAGAACACUGAGGAAUCUCUGGAAGACCCGGAACGAUUCAGAAUCGAACUUACAUGUAGCCGUGGUGCAGACUUGUCUCCCUUAGAGAAGAAAAACGAGGAAGCAAAAUCAUUACUGAGGGAACACACACUUCCAAUAAUGGGACCAGAGAGGCUUCAAGAGGUUGGUUCGUGUUUGACACUGGAGACAAUGGAGAAGAUGAUACGUCCAUUUGCAAUGCCGCCAGAGGAUUUUCCUCCGCCGUCAAUUCCGGCUGGCUUCUCCGGUUACUUCUCGAAAAGCGCCGCCGUGCUGGAGCGUCUUGUAAAACUCUGGCCCUUCAACAAGAACUAGACGUCUACUAAUAGAUAAAGCUAAAAAAAAGUAACAAAUUAGACGACUGCCGACUAAUCCACAUUGUAGACAUUUUUUUCCUUUCUUUUCUAAUUGAAUAAACUAACAUCUUCAGUUUUUUUGGUUUUGAUCAUUAAUUGUUUUGAAUAAUUCCUUUUUGGGGUUAGUAAUAUAUGAAAGAAAUUUCCAA